GAGCAUUCAGAUUUUGGAAGGGUGUGGAAAUGUGUUUCAGAACUGAUCCCUGGAAUUAGCAGUCUUACUUUUGAGAAGAGACCUGGGAGAAUUGGGCAUUGCAGACUGCUGCAGUCUUAGCUGAAAGGUUACCUUGUGGAGGAAUACAAGAUAGUUUCUGAUUCGUCAAUUGAUAAGGAUGUCUAGUGAUCGUGCUCUACUAAAUCGAUUGGAGCAGAGGGCUGUCGAGGCAGACCAGGUCAUUGAAUACCUUAAACAGCAAGUGGCAUUACUUAAAGAGAAAACAAUCCUACAGGCAUCCCAAAGAGAAGAAAAGCGACUUCGGGUUGAAAAUGCUAAGUUAAAGAAGGAAAUUGAGGAUUUAAAGCAGAGUCUCAUUGAAGCGGAGAUCCGUAAUGGAGUGAAACAAAUUCCACAUCCAACAGAGACUUCAGUUCAGUCCACUCCUGCAACAUGUUUGCCUCCACAAACCCAAGUGACUACGGCAAGUGCAAAUGCAAAAACAGCAGAAGUGAAUGAAGAGAAGAAAAAGAAAGAUAAACCAGACAAAAAACAAGAUAAAAAAGGAGAAAAGAAAGAGAAGAAACAGACAAUGGGAGGUGGCGAUGAUUCCAAACCAAUUGACGUUUCUCGUUUAGACCUGCGCAUUGGGCGUAUCAUCACUGCUAAAAAGCACCCUGAUGCUGACUCCCUCUAUGUGGAAGAAGUUGAUGUUGGCGAAACAAAUCCAAGAACUGUUGUCAGUGGACUGGUGAAACAUAUAUCCAUUGAAGAGAUGCAAAAUCGACUGGCGGUAAUGCUGUGCAAUCUCAAACCAGCUAAAAUGCGGGGAGUAGUCUCACAGGCUAUGGUGAUGUGUGCAAGCUCACCAGAGAAAGUUGAAAUCUUGGAUCCUCCAUGUGAUGCCCUCCCUGGAGAUCGAGUAACUUUUGAAAACUAUCCUGGUGAACCUGACAAGGAGCUAAAUCCAAAGAAGAAAAUAUGGGAUCAAAUUCAGCCUGAUCUAAGCACAAAUGAAGAAUGUAUUGCCACAUACAAAGGAACCCCAUUUGUGGUGAAAGGAAAGGGUGUUUGCAAGGCUCAGACAAUGGCUAACAGUGGAAUCAAAUAAAUUAUUAUUUCUGUAAAGUUAAUGAGUGUCUAAUAUUGCAAAAAAACAAUAAAUACUUGAAAGCAUUGCGACCUCAAAUUAUUUGUAAUUGUGCUUAUAUAUUCCAUGUGUUGCAAAUAUAACUGGUGUAAUAUCUAAGAAAUGGUUCCUUAAGGUUGUUGUAGCUGGGGAGGCAGUGGGGAUAAGCUCCCACUACCUGUUAAAUGCUCCUCAUGGCAUGCAUCUCAAAUAGUCUGACAACCAAGUCUAGCUCCUGGAAAUGGACGGUUGACUUUUCAGAUUGAGACCUUUCUUCUGGACUGAAUUAUAUAUCUGAAUAAUAUACAGUACUUACCUUUUGAAGAAAUAUCAUUGAACCUUAAACAUUAAAUAUGUUUCUCCAUGUUUGUUGCCUGCUAAUUUCUAACAUCUAUAUUUUUGCAAGAUUGGCAUCUGCCGUCUUUUUUUAAUGCUAUCUAUUCUAUCUAUUUUCAGUGAAAUAAUUUUGUGGUGUAACCCUUGAAUACAUCUUAUUGUCUUUCAUUAACUGCAGCAAAUAAAGUCUUCUAAGCAAAAAAUAAUAUUU